UGUAAACGACCUUCCGACAGUAAACAUCGAUUUUGAUUUGAGUGAAUUAAAAAAAAGCACAGAUUCGAAUUGAAUCCAGAUUGGCUGGAGUUGGUUGAAAAGUGUGAAAACAUUUCGUUUCAAUAAAUUUUUGGUGUUAAAUUUAUUUUGGAGCUACAUCACAGCAGAACACUUUAUGCAAAAGAAUCAAGUAAGCGAAAGUGCCUGAAAACCGCUGAUAAAGUUUGUGAAAGUGAUUAAGUGACAUUGGUCGACGCAAGAGCAAAAAAUAUUAAUAACACUAAAGAGAAUUAAGCAAAAGAAGAAAAAAAAUACCAAACACACAUCGUUGAUCAAGUGAAUGCCUUAGCGUAAGUGUUUUUGCAACACUUAAAAUAUUUGUAAUUAAAGUAAAGCGAGCAGAAGAAGCCCAAGCAUAUUUCGACGACAUGUUUCGUGUUGCGAUAUUGGUGAUUUGCUUUUCGAUUGCAUCGGCUCAACGGGCGAGUGGAAACAUUGGUGGCAAAGGAAUCGGUGACGAGGAAAUACAGCGUCAAAACCGCAUCACAGCUCAAAUUGUAGCAAAUUACUUGGAACGUCGUUUGUUCCCUCAUAAAUCGCCCACACACCGACUACCAACGGUCGACGAAAUUUUACCGACCACAGCACAACUACUAAAUCAACAUAGUACGGCCGAAUCAAAGACAAAAAUUACAAGACAAUUAGGGCAUGGUACAAAUGCAGCACCACCGCCAAACACCGACGUGGAUAUUGGUGAUGACGAUGACUAUGAUAACGAUGACAUCGACACCAAUGAACAAUACAUUGAUCCAAACGAUCCAGAAAAUUUACAAAGUGUCGAAUCAAACCAUGUGGACUCUUACUAUCCAGAUAUGAACGAUAGCAUUAGCAAUGAGAACGAAGAUUGUGUGAAUUGCAUCGAUGAUACACCGUUGGCAAACCGAUGGACAAUGCCAUUACAUAAAAUUGGCGAUAAAAAAUAUUACAUCGGCACAUUUUUCAAGGCAAAUUGGUUUAAAGCCUCACAAUAUUGUCGUUUCCAUGGUAUGCAUUUGGCUAGCAUUUCAUCGCAAGAGGAAAAUGAUCGACUUGAAAAACAUAUCAGAGAUUUUGGUUUUGGAAACGAGCACUUUUGGACAUCGGGCACCGAUUUAGCCGAAGAGGGAAAUUUCUUUUGGAUGGCUACGGGUAAGCCAAUCACCUUCACAAAUUGGAAUGCAGGCGAACCAAAUAAUUUCCGAUAUGAAAAUGGCGAAGAGGAGAAUUGUUUAGAAUUGUGGAAUCGUGAUGGUAAAGGUUUAAAAUGGAACGAUUCACCUUGUAGUUUUGAAACGUUCUUUGUGUGUGAAGCUUAACGAUAAUGAAAUUCAAUUGCGACAAAAUUGCCCUCUCGAUUAAAUUUAGCACUUUAAGUAGGCGAUAUUUCGAUUCACUUAACAGAUAGGCAAACAUUUGUAAAUUGUAUAAUGUUUAAAGAAAAUUAAUUGAAAAAAGGGAUUUCAAAUGCAAAUGCAAUCGAUCCUUUUGAAAUUCAGGAAUAAGAAUUUAUUCGGAAUAUAUGUAAUGUGUAUAUAUUUACGAAAGAAAAGUCGAAUAAUUUAUUUAUUGCUCAAUAGAAUGCUCACUAACAACAAAAAUACAACGAGACAAACAUGUUUAUGCAUACAACAACUCUUCAUAUGUUGUUUUUUCUCUCUAACGACCGUCUUUUUCGAUCAAUGAAAAUUUGCUGCGCCAGAUUUUCUUUUUGGAAAGGAACUCUUUUUUUUUUGUAGCACCUCGUAAAGUUGCCUAAAUACUGCAAAUAUUGUGAUUAAUUGACCGAUAGAAUUGACUUUUUUUUAACGUUACACCAUAUAACAUUAAUUUAAGUGUUUUUGGCAUUGAACUUCAGACAAAUUUUAUCGAUAAUUGUAAUGUAUACGUGUCAGGUGGGCACACCUGAUGAAAAUAUAUGAGGUAAACGAAGAAAAUGAAGAAAAAAAAAACUCUAAAACUUACUUUUAAAUGCAAUGUAUAAUUGUAUAGUUAUAGUAAAACCCCGUAGAUAUUAUCUAUCUCACUUUUAGAUUUAUCGUCAAUGUAAUGAAUAAUAAAUCAAAUAAAAAAAAAACAUACCUCAAUAUGAGGUCAGUUAACGCGACGAAAACCAA